AUGCCAGUUUCCCUCCCAACAGAGCUCCUUAUUGAUAUCUUGACUUUUGCUCUUCCCCUUCAUCCGGGGCCAGCUGACAUCCUUCGAACAUCGUCCCAAAUUUUCACGCUCGCCUUCCACAUACUGUAUACUCACCUCCGCUUUACAUCGACCCGGCAACUUGCCCUAUUUUUGAGCACCUUUGAAGACCACUCAUUGCGAUGCGCGCCGCGCAGCAUUGACUGUGACAUAGACGUUGAGAAUAAUGCGACAAGCGACGUCUUUCAGCUUAUGUGCUCACUUUUUACCCGCUGCAGUGCCGUUCCAACAGCUGAAGUCGAUGAUGAAGGGCGGCUUGUAGUGGACUUACUUCGUCUGCGAAUGAAUUCUCACGCGCAGGACCCAAACAUCUAUAUGGUGUACGAGGCUCUUUCGCAAAUCAACCCACGUCGGUUCACUUGGGUAGGCCCUGCUCCUCCUCACCAUUUCUCCAUCGCAGUAGGUUAUACACCUACCAACGCUCCAGGCGACUCACUUCGCAUCCAGAUUGUCCCGCAGGCCGUCCCGCCCCUCUUUCGAGCACUCUCGGGGCACUCGAACCUCGUAGAACUCAAAUUGACGCACAUCGGCUUUCCGAGUCCCAAGUCUGAUCCUGAGUCGGAUCCUUUUGAGCUGGUGCCACCACAUAUCCCCAGUCUGAGGGUGUUUUACCUUGGACAAGCGACGUUUGUGUCUCCCUACACAAUCGCCAGCUUCAUUGGAGCAGUUCAAUCGUCACCGAAUAAUCUCCAGACAGUCAGGCUCGUUGACGUCUACAAGGGAAGCAUCUGGGGUCUUCGUCUUCGACUGUCUGAUGUAGAAGAGGCAGCGAUGAUGCUUGCUUUACUCAGUCUUCGUCCGGAAGGGCUGCUCCACAGGAAAGAGCUCGUCAUUGCGGCGCUUGAAAUGGUUCGUCGGGUUGUUAUAUGUGAGGCGCAGACCGAGCGUAUCAUUGGAGGGGAUCGCGACGAAGACAACACGCUCAUGGUUACUUUACUAGCUAAGCUUGAAAGUUUGGAUUUGUGA